UGGCUCCUAAUAAGAGUAGUAAGAAAGACUUUCUCGACAUGUGUCGAAAAUAUAUGCACGGGAGCGGCUUAGGACCCACAAGUCCAAAAAUUAAGCGGUUUAUCUCCCUAUGGUUGUUGUUUCCUGUAAGCUUGCUUUUGGACGUUUUGGUGAUUUAUGAUUUUCAUUUUCUGGAUAAUGAUAUUUUCAAAACAGCAGAGUUACUUGAAUCGGUCUCCUCUUUUGGACAACUCCCAAUUCGUAAAUUCAUUCUAACUUAUCAUUCAAAAUUAAUCCAAAAUCUGCUCGAGGAUCGAAAAAAAUUUUGGUCGUACGAAAUGUUUGGUGAAACAUAUGGAAAGUUUCUUCGCCGCAAAAUGGUCCUAGCUACGAGACUAAUCCAAACGAUGAUUUUUUUUGGGGCUUCUGUUGCCACGUUAAUGUUUGUUUCGACUUUAGCCGACGACCGGAAAACAGUUCCUUUGGAAUGUUGGAUUCCUGAGUUUAAACACUCGACUCAUGUGGUACUUGUAAUGCAGUUUUGUUCCUUGUGUGAGAUUAUUUAUCUCGUUGGUGCCGUUGACUGUUUGUACGUUUUAACGUGCGUUGAUAUUAAAAUACAAUUUCUGCUUUUGCAAAAGAAACUGAAAACGAUUCAAGUUGGAGUUAAACCCAUGGAAGAGUGUUUGAACGAAUUGACCAUUUGCGUGAAACAUCACAAUUUGCUGUUGAGGAGUCACAAGAGUCUGAACCGGAUUUUUUCCGAAUACUUUUUUGUCCAGUACUUUGUGAGCGUUCUAGCUGCUUGUGUCCAACUUUACAUCCUGAUGUACAUAACUGCGAGUCUCGAGGAUAUUAUGAAGAGCAUUGUUUACUUGUCUGCUGUAGUUUUCCAAGUUGCGAUUUUUUUCAUGCCUGCGAGCGACAUCGAGGAAGAGGCUGAACAAUUUGCUGUUGAAAUUUAUAACGUCAAUUGGGAAUGUACCAGUGGAACAAAAUUCCGUAAACAACUCUUGUUUAUGUUGAUGAAGGCCCAAAAACCCUUAUACAUGCUGGGCGGCGGAAUGAUUCAUGCCAACCGGAACGAAUAUAUUGUGUUAUUCAGACUCGCUUUCUCCAUUUCUACGUUAUUGGGAGGAAUGAACGAAAAUGGAAGGACCGAUAAAUAAUGCAAGAGGCGACACUAAAUUCGACAUUCUUUUAUUACACCACACGAAAAUACAGUUUACAUAAGCUUUUUAGUUGAUAUAACAAUAUUUACAUUAGCACAGACCGGAUUUUAGGAAACUUUUCCGACAGGCAAUUUUUAAGGGCAUUUCGAAAAUUUGAAAUAAAUUUGUUUUGUUCAAAAUGGUAAUAUUUUUAUUUUUUCUAAAUUCCUAAAUUAAUUAAUUGUAUCCAAAAUAAGUUUUUAACAAUCUAUAGUUGUCUUUGACUGUCCUAAAUAAAAGAAGAUACUUUUCCCAAUUUUUUUAAUAGUACGUCGUGUAUUUAUUUUGAAAAUAAUUG